AUGGAGUUGGCAUCAUCAGGUCAUCUUACAGGCGCGGAUAUAAUCAGUCCACUCCUCGAUAUGUUUCGCAACACUCUGCAUCUCGAUCCUCUCAUCGUGGUGAACUUGGGACUCCUUGUGAUUGGCAUCUUAACCUCCCUCCGUUCGACUGGAAAUAUCGUCUACAGCUACGCCGCAAAGACAUUUCUGUCAACCGUUCACGUAAAAGUCGAUGAUCCCUCUAUCACGAACUCAUCCGCUGGAUGGCAGACCAUAUCCAACAGCCUCAGUUACUCCGACCCUCUGAUGGGCAGGGAAGACAAUACCCACUUAACCCUACAAUGCCUCAGUCUAUCCCUCUCACCACUCAAGUCCUUCCUCGAAGAAGUUCGUGCUUAUUCUUGCAAGGCAUCCGAAUCCACCAUCUCGAUCUACCGCACCCAGUCCUUCUAUCGGGAUAUCCGCUGGAUACCCAUCGCGACUCGCCCACCCCGAGAUAUCUCCACCGUCAUCCUGAACGAGAACAAAAAACAAAGGAUCCUCCAAGAUAUAUCCGAGUACCUCUCCUCCAAAACCAGACAGCGGUACGCCAACCACAGUAUCCCCUAUCGACGCGGUUACCUCUUUUCUGGACCUCCAGGCACAGGUAAGACUAGCCUUGCGUCCGCCCUCGCCGGAGUCUUCGGUCUAGACAUCUACGUCCUAAACUUGCGAAUUCCAACGAUGAAGGAGCCAGAAUUUAUCCGCAUGUUCUCAGCUAUCCCGACGCAGUGUAUCGUGUUGUUGGAAGAUGUUGACGCCGUAGGGCUGAACAGAAAUGAACCCAUGGUCCCUACUACCACCAACACAAGUGAUAGUACCUACCUAGAUAAUACCCCAAAAACACUAGGACAACCGAGAGCCCCAGAACCUGUUCCAUAUACGGCAAACGCGUCCACAAUCUCCCUAUCUGGUUUACUCAACGCAAUCGACGGCAUCUCUUCCCACGAGGGCCGCAUUCUGAUCAUGACAACCAACGCGCCGCAGCAACUAGACCGCGCAUUGAUCCGCCCGGGACGCGUGGACUUGCAUAUACGAUUCGAGCUUCCGUCUCGCGAGGAGCUGAAGAACUUGUUCUUAAGUCUAUACAGUUGUGACCGUCAGGGUGAUCAGGAAAAGCAAGAGCUCCGGAAUGAGAAAGAAAAGCCGGAAACCCUUGCGGAACAGUUUUCGAAUAAUCUCCCUGAGGGUCGGUUCAGUAUUGCUGAUGUCCAGGAGUUCCUGUUGCAGUAUAAACGGGAGCCUAAGAAGGCGUGUGAGAAUGUUGCUGGUUGGGUGGAGGGAGAAUUGGGUGUCGAGGGUGAACGAACUACUAAUACUGAGUAG